AGCUUCGUUGUGCUUUGUAUUUAUGUUGGUUCACAAGAAGCUUUAAGUUUAUAAACUCGAUUCUUUCUUUAUCGAAAAAUGAAGAUUAUCGCGAUUAUUUUUGUGCUGUUCUUUACGUAUUCGAACGCUUGUAAAUGUGUCGUUGUGGAUACUUCCAAGCCAGGGUUUCUGUGCAAAGCUGAUUACGUUCUCCGCGGAGAAGUUGAUUCUGAAACGUUAAUAGGCAAUGUAUCAUURCCUAUGACCCGAUACCGAAUGUAUACAGUCAAAGUACAACAGAUUUAUAAAKGACUGAAUAAAAUCAGCAACAUCACCAAUGGAAACACUUCUUAYAUAAAGAUUAAAACCCCUGAGCAAAGCGCAGCCUGUGGAGUAACUUUUCCUCUACACAAAGAUUUAGCUAUAUCAGGUUCAUUGGGUGAAACAGAAGUUCGCAAUUUUAGGUGUUCAGGAUGGCAUAAAGAAGCAAAAAGCUUGUCACAAGAAUUCAAUAAUUUCCUUACAGACAUAGAACAGCACUGUAGUUCAGCUUCAACCACCAUCAAACCAGCUACUUCAUUUGUGCCAACAGUGGGCAACAAAUCUAACUAAAAUGGUCUCUUUGCAUCCCUUGCUUUUGUUUUUGCUUUGCUCCUUCAUUUAAUCAUAGAACACUGAGUAGCUGCCAAUUUGCAUACUACUCGAAGAGUAAAUGCUUUGUUCCGAAGCACAAGGAUGGAUGUGUGGACCCAACCCAGAGGACCCAACCAAUUGGCCAAAAAGGCAAUCGCACGACAAGCCCGCCAAUAAAUUUUUGGAAAUGCCUGGAAUUUGACAACUAUUUGCCGUAGAGAUCGUGGGGCAAUAUGCUUGUCUAGAAUUCGAAUCUGAUGUCAGUUCAUUUUUGAUUCCAAAAAGAACAAGCUUAUGAAGAAGGUUGGAGCUGUUCAAAGACAGCAAUCUGCACUUUAUGCGCUGUUCACACUCAUCAAGUUAUCGAUAUAAAGCAUUCAGAGUUACGGGAACGCACUUUAUUGCAGAACUGUUUAAGACUGCAAUUUUAAUGAACGCAUUAGAGUGAACGCACUUAAUCCGUGCAACUGUACAAAAUAUAAG